CCUCUCUCCCUGGGGAGCGAGGAGCCCGAUGCCCAAGGCCCCAGGCAACCCAGGUGCUUGUCCAGGGACACAGGGUCCGGGCUCUCCCGGGAAGCUGCUGCCCGCCCCUGCUGGGGACAGUAGCCCUCCUCCUCUCCUCACCACAUGCAGCUGGAGUUUCUGUCGCUCAGACCGUCCUUCAGUUUACACACCAGCAUAGCUGAAUGGGGACGUGGUUUCAAUAUCAUUUUGGCCAAUAAUGCUGCCCAAUAGACAAGGUGGCCCCCCACAGCCCUCCCCUGCCAGGCCACUGCUUCCUGUCUCCAGCGUCACCCAGGUCCCCUCGGCAGCACCUUCCGACAUGGCCUGGCUGCAGCUGCUCCUCUUCAUCUCGGUCCAUCCAGGGUCUAUGUAGUUCAAGUUGCCCUUAAACUCACUGAUAGCUCAAGCUGGCUUCGAACUUGCAAUAAUCCUCCUGACUCAGCCUCCCAAGUGCUGGGACUACAGACAAGUGCUACUGUGCCUGGCUCUCAGUAGAAAAUUUAAUAAUUGCUUUAAUUCAUCAAUAUGGAUACGUUAAACAGAUCUCAACCAGCCGCAGCAUCCUGUGACCUCCCGGUGUACCAGGUCGCCGAGGUCCACGCGCGCGAGGGCGCCCCUGCCCUCCUGCCCUGCUCCUUCAACGCCAGCCAAACCAGGCCGGCCAUCGGCUUCGUCACGUGGUACCGAGACACGGUGGCCCCGGGAAACGAGGUGAAGAACGGGACCCCCGGGUUCCAGGGCCGCCUGGCUCCCCUGGCCUCCGCGCGCUUCCUCGGCGAGCACCAGGCCGAGCUGCGCAUCCGCGAGGCCCGGCGCCCGGACUCCGGCGUCUACGUGUGCAGGGUGGAGGUGCUGGGGCUGGGCGCGGGGACGGGCAACGGGACCCGGCUGCGGGUAGGCGGCGGCCAGGUGCUGGGGGGCCGUGACCGCCACCCCGGGACCCCUGUUCCUGCGGGGCCCCGCGCCCCGGCCCCCGCGCUCCUGCUGCGCGCCGCGCUCUUCGCCGGCUGCUUCCUGGCCGUGGCCGCGGGCAGCGCCCUGUGCUUCCCGAGUGGAGGCCGCUGCCGCUGUCGCCGCGGCUCCCGGGGACACAGCUGCACCGCCGUGCCUCCGCUCCCACCUUUGAAAAGUGACCCCAGCCCCCGCCACUCUGUCCUCUUCAAGACACCCCAGUAAAUCCUGCCCCAGCGCUA